GCCACCUCCAGUGUACGGGGCCAGUAUACUCCUUUGAGCCACAGGCACCGCCCUUCACAUAUGUUCUUGAAGUGAACAUGAAGAUUUGAAUUUCUUCUUGACUUGCAUGAGUUUGCCUUGUUUUCUGGGUCAAAUUCAAAGGAAAAAACAUGAAAAUUAAAAUCAGGUUACAAUCUUGAACUGGUAUAAAACACAUCAGCAUAUAAGAUGUCUGAAAAGGAGGAUACAUCAGAAGAGCUAGAGGAAAGCUCCAGUACACUGAGGAAAGGAUCUAGGUCACAGUCAGCAGAGGAGCCUAGAUUAACUGAACAAACAUCAGACUUGUUAAGUGAAGAUUCUGAUAACCAGGAAGAGAAGCUUUCCAACCAGAUUUAUGAAGCACAUCCUGAAGAGGCUAUAUUAGCGUCAACAACUUCCUCUGAAAGUACAUCUGAGAAAAAUGAAGAACCAAAGAAAAGUAUUACAUUUUCUGAAACAAACUCUAGAAAUGCCAGCUUACUGUCCCAAACAGAAGCUUCACAAAGUUUACCAUUACUUACUGAGAUAACUGCAGAAUAUCCAGGUUUCAGUAGCUUCCUAUCUUGUGAAACAGAAGGAAAAGUUACUGCACAAGUCUCUGAAGAAAAUCAGAAACAGCUUGGUGUAGAGUCAGAUAACUUUACAGUUAACCUUGUGGCCAAGGGUUUACAAGAAUUCCCCAAGGACAUUUUAAAAAUCAAAUAUACAAAGUAUCUCUAUUUAGAUAAGAAUCAAAUCAAAACUUUUGAUGGAGCAGACUCAAGUGACCUGCUAGGACUUGAAAUUCUAUCCCUGCAAGAAAAUGAGUUAUUAUCACUUCCAUCUGAAAUUCACUUACUCCAUAAUUUAAGGAUAUUAAAUGUCAGUCACAACCAAAUAUCACACAUACCUACAGAGAUAUCACAGCUUGGGAAUAUCAGGCAACUCUUUUUUGAUAACAAUUACAUUGAGAAUUUUCCUUCUGACUUAGCAAGUCUUAGAAAUUUGGAAAUUUUAAGUUUGGGUAAAAAUAAGUUAAAGCAUAUACCAGACACUCUGCCUAGUUUAAAAAACUUAAGGGUUCUCAAUCUAGAAUAUAAUCAAUUAACAAUAUUUCCUAAAGCUCUGUGUUUCCUUCCAAAGUUAAUGUCACUAGACCUUACUGGAAACCUGAUAAAGAGUUUGCCAAAAGAAAUUAAGGAACUUAAAAAUUUAGAAAAACUUUUACUGGAUCACAAUAAACUUACAUUUUUGGCUGUGCAGAUUUUUCGAUUACUCAAAAUAAAAGAACUCCAACUAGCUGACAAUAAGUUGGAAGCUAUUUCAAACAAAAUUGAGAAUUUCAGGGAACUUAGGAUUCUUAUGCUUGAUAAAAAUCUAUUGAAAAAUAUACCAGAAAAAAUUUCUUAUUGUAUAAUGUUAGAAUGUCUCAGUCUUAGUGAUAAUAAGUUAACAGAACUUCCUAAAAAUAUCCAUAAGCUUAAAAAUUUAAAAAAACUCCACGUAAACAGAAAUCAUAUGGUAAGAAUAACUGAAGAUAUCUUACAUCUUCAUAACAUAUGCAGUCUAGAAUUUUCAGGAAAUAUAAUCACAGAUGUUCCCAUUGAAAUAAAAAACUGCCAAAAAAUAACUAAAAUUGAAUUGAAUUAUAAUAAAAUAAUGUAUUUUCCAGUGGGACUGUGUGCUUUAGAUUCUCUUUAUUAUUUGAGCUUUAAUGGAAAUUAUAUUUCAGAAAUACCCGCAGAUAUAUCUUUCAAUAAACAACUGCUUCAUUUAGAGUUUAAUGAAAACAAAUUCCUCAUAUUUUCUGAGUACUUUUGUUCUCUUAUUAAUCUUAAAUACUUGGAUCUUGGUAAAAACCAAAUAAGCAAAAUUCCACCAUCUAUUUCCAAUAUGAUAUCACUUCAUGUACUUAUUUUAUGUUAUAAUGAAUUUGAAAUUUUCCCUAGAGAACUGUGUACUUUAGAAAAUUUGCGAGUACUUGAUCUUUCGGAAAACCAAUUACAAAAUAUCCCUUCAGAAAUCUGUAAUUUAAAAGGAAUUCAAAAAUUAAACUUCGCAAGCAAUCAAUUUAUAUGUUUUCCUAUUCAACUAUGCCAGCUUCAAUCACUGGAAGAGCUAAAUAUAAGUCAGAUAAAUGGAAGAAAGUUAACAAGUCUUCCAGAAGAGCUGUCUAAUAUGACUCAACUUAAAGAACUUGAUGUCUCAAAUAAUGAAAUCAGAGAGAUUCCAAGAAAUAUAGGAGAACUGAGAAAUUUGGUUAGUUUAUAUGCACACAAUAAUCAAAUAAGUUAUCUUCCACCAUCUUUUCUAUCUUUAAAUGAUCUCCGGCAACUAAACUUGAGUGGAAAUAAUCUGACAGCUCUGCCUAGUGGUAUCCACAAGCUUUCUUCACUGAAGGAGAUAAAUUUUGAUGACAACCCUUUGCUGAGACCGCCAAUGGAAAUCUGUAAAGGAAAACAGUUGUAUACUAUUACAUGCUAUCUACAGAGGGCAGAUGAAAGAGAUGAAAAAAUCUUAGAGAAGAUAUUCAAGAUUGUUGCCAACAACAUCACUGAAAUAAAUUUUGAAUUUUUGUGUCAAAAACUAAACCUGAAAUACUCAGAAUAUGAUAUAUCUACCAAGAGCACUGCUUCAUUGAGUGAGACAGCCUACCAAACUCUUGUUAUGUGGAAAAAAGAAAGUGACGACUCACCACUAACUGCUGCUGCUUUACAUGACCAACUAAUUCGGGCGCUGACCAUGAUAGGAGCAUAUGACAUCAUUGACAAAAUAACAGCUUUGAGUCUUUUUACACGUACAAUGAAAUUCUAACCAGUGGAUCACUAAUAAAAACUGAAAACUUACGAUGAAUUUAUA